AUGAAGGAAUCAUUCAAAGUGUGUUUCUGUUGUGUAAGAAGCUUCAAAGUGAAAACAAGCGAGCCACCUCAGGAAAUCAAGACACUCUUCGAGGAUUACUCCGGAGACGGCAGGAUGUCUGUAGAUGAGAUGCUCAGGUUCGUCAUCCAAGUUCAAGGAGAAAAACACGCUGAUUCAAACUACGUGAAGGAUAUUUUCCACAGGCUCAAACAUCACGGCGUUUUCCACCCUCGUGGGAUCCAUCUUGAAGGAUUCUACCGUUAUCUCCUAAGCGAUUUCAACUCUCCGUUGCCUCCUUCAGGCGAGGUUUGGCAAGAUAUGAAUCAGCCUUUGUCUCAUUACUUCUUGUACACGGGACAUAACUCUUACUUGACUGGGAAUCAACUCAACAGUAGAAGCAGCACAGGACCGAUUGUGAAAGCACUUAGAAGUGGAGUUCGUGUCAUCGAGCUUGAUUUAUGGCCUAACUCUUCUGGAACCGAAGCUGAAGUUCGUCAUGGCGGGACGUUAACAAGUAGAGAAGAUCUGCAGAAAUGUCUUAACGCUGUAAAGGAGAACGCGUUUGAGGUGUCUGAGUAUCCUGUUGUACUUACCUUAGAAGAUCAUUUGCCUCCAGAUCUUCAGAAGAAAGUCGCUAAGAUGGUGAGUAAGACUUUUGGAGGAACAUUGUUUCGAUGUACGGAUGAAUAUAAAGAGCGUUUUCCUUCACCAGAAGCACUCAAGAACAAGAUCUUGAUCUCAACAAAGCCACCAAAAGAGUAUCUUCAGACCCAAGUCUCUCAAAGUGCAACAACAGAUGAAUCCGUAAAAGCUAAAAAAGUUGCAGAUGCAGAAGAACUGAUUCAAGAAGAAGAUGAGGAGACUGUAGCGAUAGAAUACAGAGACUUGAUCUCAAUUCACGCUGGGAACCGCAAAGGAGGGUUAAAGAACUGCUUGAACGGGGAUCCUAACCGAGUCGUACGGUUAAGCAUGAGCGAGCAGUGGCUAGAAACUCUGGCUAAAAACCGUGGAUCCGAUUUAGUGAAGUUCACGCAAAGAAAUAUUCUGAGGAUAUUUCCAAAGACUACACGUUUUGACUCAUCAAACUAUGAUCCACUCGUUGGAUGGAUUCAUGGUGCUCAAAUGGUUGCCUUCAAUAUGCAAAGUCAUGGGAGGUUCUUGUGGAUGAUGCAAGGAAUGUUUAAAGCCAAUGGUGGAUGUGGUUAUGUUAAAAAGCCUGAUGUUUUGCUCUCCAAUGGUCUUGGAUGUGAAAGUUUUGACCCUUCCAGUAAAAGUCUCCAGAUCAAGACAGUACUUAAGGUAAAGAUCUACAAUGGAGAAGGAUGGAAUCUGGAUUUUCCUCAAGAUUAUUUUGAUAGAUACUCUCCUCCUGAUUUCUACGCAAAGAUCGGAAUCGCAGGGAUACCUUUAGACACAACGAGUUACAGAACAGAAACAGACACAGACGAAUGGUUUCCAGUUUGGGACAAAGAGUUCGUGUUCCCAUUGCGUGUUCCCGAGUUAGCGCUUUUGUAUAUCACAGUCAAAGACUACGACAGUAACACUCAGAACGAUUUUGCCGGACAGACAUGUCUUCCGUUGUCGGAGAUCAGGCCCGGAAUUCGUGCCGUCCGGCUCCAUGAUCGUGCCGGAGAGGUCUUGAAGCACGCGAGACUGCUCGUGCGGUUUGUCUUGGAGCCUCGUUAGACGUUUUGUUGAUGUUACGUCAAUAAAUGAAGUGUCCUACUAAGUCACAGGAUAAGUAGAAAUGAAAAAAAAAUAACUGUUUAAGAUCAGUAAAUUUGUAAAAUGUGUGAUUAUUGUUUUAACAAUUUGUUCAAGUUGAUAAUAAAAUUUGUUUUAAGCA